AUGGAAAAUGUAAAAGCAAUGCAUACUCCACUAGCUCAGAAGCAUGGUGAACAAGAAGCAGCUGGCAAAGCAGUUGAUCCCUCAGCUUACAGAAGCAUUAAUCCAAACAGCAUGCAUCUUCAGGCAAUAAAGAGAAUAUUGAGGUAUGUUAAAGGAACCAUUGAUCAUGGACUGAGAAUCAUCUCACAGUCAUCCUUCAGGCUGUAUGGAUUCUCUGAUGUAGACUGGGCAGGAUGUGCCAUUACAAGGAUGUCUACUACUGGAUAUAGUAUAUACCUUGGUGCAAAUUGUUUCUCCUGGUCAUCAAGGAAGCAGAACAUUCUUGCAAGGUCAAGUACUGAAGCUGAGUAUAGAGCACUAGCAGCAACUACAGUUGAACUUACCUGGAUAAGCUACAUUCUACAAGACAUUGGAAUGUAUAUCAAGACUUCUCCUGCCUUAUUUUGUGACAACUUGAGUGCUCUAUACAUGACUUAA